CCAGCACAUCAACAUCAAAUAUUGCAUGUCUACUUUCCUUCAGGAACCGAUUCUUUCAAUACACGUGAGAAACAAGCCUGAUUCAAGGUUCUGUAGUUCUAAAAGGUCUUUUCUCUGCUGAGUGUUGACAUUUAUAUGCUUUCGUAUCCUCCACACGAUAUGCUACUACUGCAUAUUUUUUCCCCAUGACUCUUCUAAAGGCGUAACUUGCUUGACCAAAAGCAAGAUGCGUAACCUGGAUUUCAGAACGAGUAAACACGCUUGAGUUCACUGUUCAUAACGAGUUCCAGGACAGUGAUUGGAAUCAAAUUUUGAUCCGUGACAUGAAUGAAGAGCAAGAAUAUCUCGGUUUUGUAGCUUGGACUCUGCAGAACCAUCUAUUAUCUGAGUUUUUAGUGCUUGGUCAAAUUGUUCAUCUGUUAUUCUUCUCUCCACCAAUAGUUUUGCUGCCCGAGGAAUGGCAAAGAAGUGCCAGCUUUGACAAUUUAACUCUCCCAAAUUCGAACUCCUAUGCAACUUUUCGUCUCUCCAUUGUAAGGUCUUGUGAAUAGGAAAAGUGGUCGUCUGGAAAUUAACCAAGCAAUGGCCGUUCUUUCUCUUUUGCUUUCUAUUACAAAACUGUUAUUGAUAAUCGCCCCCUCUUCUUCUGCAUCAAAUGUUAUUACCCAUAAGCAGCCACUUCCUGAUGGAAGGACUUUGGUGUCUAAAGAUGGGAUCUUUGAACUGGGCUUCUUCAGCCCAGGUAGUUCCACAAACCGAUGCGUUGGAAUCUGGUACAGAAACAUCCCACAGAAAACUGUUUUUUGGGUGGCCAACCGUGAAAAACCAGUCAAGGAAAACUCAAGUAUGUUGAGCAUAAACACAGAGAGACGUCUUGUGCUGCACAGCCAGAAUCAGACUGUUGUUUGGUCAGCAAACUCAACAAUACAAGGCUUGAAUUGCCCAACUUCUAGGCUCUGGAAACCUUGUCUCGAGAAAUGAACAAGACCAGGAUCCUCAAAACUACCUGUGGCAGAGUUUUGAUUAUCCUUCUGAUACUUUUUUACCAGGAAUGAAGAUUGGGUGGGACCAAGAAACUGGGCUAAA